AUGUCGAAACGAAAACAGAGCGUCGCUCACAUAUUUCAGAUUGAUUGGCGACAAAGCAUUUUGAUUUGUUUGUGCAGACCCAUUGGAGAAGUCGCGAACGACGUAAGUAAGAAGAAUUAUGCAAUCAUAUUAUUUUGGAAAAAGGAAAGCGAGACAGAAGCAGACCUAGAGCUGGAGAUGAUGGAUGAGAACGCAAUGCCAAUGAACAAUGCGACCAUAAAUAAACGACAAAAAGUGGACAAGGGUAUGUUGGAACAUACAAUAUUUAAAGCUAGAAAUAACCAAUCUCACUAUGAAUGUUUGUCCAAUCAUCUGAAUAAAAGAUUGGAAUUGAAAUUCAUCAGAAGUCUUGAAACACAUAAAUUUAUGUUGCAGGGAAAAGAAAAGUUUUCCGAUAUAUGCGAAGUUUUCCACAUGAAUGAAUUUUAUCAUGACGAAAUUUCUUCAGCAAAAGUCAGAGAAAAUUUCCCCAACUUAAAUGGACUGAACAUCCUGUGA